UUGGAUUAUUUUCAGCCGGGGGGCUGAGGAGAUUUUUUUUUGUUGGUGUGUGGCGGCCAUUUUUCCACCUCACCCUGACAAAUCUGUCAAUAUAGUCACUCCAUCCGCUUCUGUCCUUCUUAAAAUAUCCAACAAGAGCUCCCUCCUGUCUUUUAUUCAUUUAGUUGUUGUUUUUUUGAAAAGAACCUCCUUAUUUGCAUUCCCCUUCCUUUAAAUAUAUGUUUCCUUUUCAGGAUAUUUAUUAAUGUAAAUUUUCUGUGACCACCCCCUCCCAACACCUUCAUUUCUCUUCAAAAUACAAAUAUAUAUAUAUAUAACUUAACAUUCAAUGAUGCCGGCAUCUUUUGGCAAUGAGGAGGACGGGAUGGAAAACGAUGAGGGAGCCCCAGGAUUAAAUGGAAUUGUGAGUCCUGCCCCUCUCAUGGACAUGAGCUGCCUCAAAGAUGACUAUCGGGCAGAGGAAGAGGAGGAGGAGGAGGAGGAAGAGGAAAGUCGUGAACCAAUGUUCCCAGAAGAAGAACCAGCCAAAGUGAAGAAAAAAAGGAAACCAAGGAAACAGAAAGAGAACAAGACUCCAAAAAUGAAGAAGAGGAAGAAGGAGGAGCAGAAGUCCUCCACGUACUUAAUGGACGACUGGGGUUUGGAAGAUGUGGAUUAUGAGUUCACAGAGGAGGAUUACCACACCUUGACCAAUUAUAAAACCUUCAGCCAGUUCCUGAGGCCACUCAUUGCCAAGAAAAAUCCAAAAAUCCCCAUGUCAAAAAUGAUGACAGUGCUUGGUGCAAAAUGGCGGGAGUUCAGUGCCAAUAACCCUUUCAAGGGGACCUCGGUGGCUGCAGCGGAGGUGGCAGCAGCUGCGGUGGCGGCUGCGGUGGAACAGGUGAUCGUGGCUCCAUCUGUACCGAUCCAAGUGCCGCCCCCUGUACAGCCUCCGGUCCCUCUAAGGAAAGCCAAGACCAAAGAAGGAAAAGGCCCAGGGGUCCGAAAGAAAAGUAGAAGUGCUCGAGCUGCUGAAUUAAAGAAGAAAGGAAAAGGGAAGAAGAUGGUAUCCCUGAAAAUCAAAUUGGGAGGAUUUAGCGGCAAACGGAAAAAGGAAUCUUCGAGCGAUGAAGAUGACCACGGCGAAUCCGAUCUGGACAGUGCCAGCGUCCACAGCUGCUCCGUGCGAUCUGAGGGCUCAGCUGGUUUGGGCAAGAGGAGGAGGAAAGGUGGCAAGAGAAAAAAGAAGUUGGAGGAAGGUGAUGGCUACGAGACAGACCACCAGGACUACUGUGAAGUUUGCCAGCAAGGAGGGGAAAUUAUCUUGUGUGAUACCUGUCCAAGGGCCUAUCAUUUAGUCUGCUUGGACCCUGAGAUGGAGAAGGCCCCAGAAGGGAAGUGGAGUUGUCUGCACUGUGAAAAGGAAGGAAUCCAGUGGGAGGCCAAAGAGGAUGAAGAGGAUGAGGAUGAAGAGGAGGGUGUGGAUGAAGAAGAUGAUGAUCACAUGGAAUUCUGCCGCGUCUGCAAGGAUGGGGGCGAGCUGCUGUGUUGCGACUCUUGCCCUUCCUCUUAUCACAUUCACUGCCUUAACCCCCCGCUGCCCGAGAUCCCGAACGGGGAGUGGAUUUGUCCUCGGUGCCUGUGCACUCCCCUGAAAGGGAAGGUUCAGCGGAUCUUGCACUGGACGUGGGGCUCCCCCCCGCCACCACGCACUCCUUCAGGCCUGGCAGACGGAGCCACUGACGCGGAGCGCCCCAAGCCCCUGGAAGGACGGCCGGAGCGGGAGUUCUUCGUGAAGUGGGUGGGCCGAUCGUACUGGCACUGCUCCUGGGCCACAGAGCUGCAGCUGGAGCUGUACCACACGGUGAUGUUCCGGAACUUCCAAAGGAAGAACGACAUGGACGAGCCGCCACCGUUCGACUACGGCUCCGGAGAUGACGAGAAGAGCGAGAAGCGGAAGAAUAAAGAUCCGCAGAGCGUGGCGAUGGAGAAGCGGUUCUAUCGGUACGGCAUCAAACCUGAGUGGCUGAUCAUCCAGCGAAUCAUAAAUCACAGCUUUGAUAAGAAAGGUGAUUUACAUUAUCUGAUUAAAUGGAGGGAUUUGCCAUAUGAUCAGGCGACCUGGGAACAUGAAGAUUUUGACAUUCCGGAUUACGACACCAUGAAGGAGAUGUACUGGAACCACAGGCAGUUGAUUAUGGGUGAAGACAUACGACCAGUGAGGAAGCUAAACAAGAAAGGACAGAAAGCUCGGGAGUUGGUCUUUGACCCACCCCCAUGCCAGCCUGUUGUGGACCCGACCGUGAAGUUUGACAAGCAGCCGGAUUACAUUGACGCUACUGGAGGCAACUUGCACCCUUACCAGCUGGAGGGGCUGAAUUGGCUGCGCUUCUCCUGGGCACAGGGCACAGACACCAUCCUGGCCGAUGAAAUGGGACUGGGGAAAACAGUUCAGACCAUUGUGUUUCUGUACUCGCUCUUCAGAGAGGGACACUCCAAGGGACCUUUCCUGGUGAGUGCCCCGCUGUCAACGAUUAUUAAUUGGGAGCGGGAGUUCAUGAUGUGGGCACCGUCCUUCUACGUGGUAACGUACACUGGAGACAAAGACUGUCGUGCUGUAAUCCGUGAGAACGAGUUCUGCUUUGAUGAGAAUGUUUUCAAGAACGGGAAGAAGACCUUCAGGAUGAAGAGUGAAGCUCAAAUAAAGUUUCACGUCCUGCUCACAUCGUACGAGAUGAUCACCAUUGACCAGACAAUUCUCGGAUCCAUUGACUGGGCUUGCCUUGUGGUUGACGAAGCUCACAGGCUGAAAAAUAACCAGUCCAAAUAUUUCAGGGUGCUAAAUUCAUAUAAAAUCGAUUACAAGCUGCUGUUGACGGGAACACCACUGCAGAAUAACCUGGAGGAGCUUUUCCACCUGCUCAACUUCCUCACUCCUCUGCGUUUCAACAAUCUGGAGGGAUUCUUGGAAGAGUUUGCAGACAUCUCGAAAGAGGAUCAGAUCAAGAAGCUUCAUGACCUGCUGGGUCCACACAUGCUGCGGCGUCUUAAGACCGACGUCUUUAAGAACAUGCCGUCCAAGACCGAGCUGAUUGUCCGCGUGGAGCUCAGUUCCAUGCAGAAGAAGUAUUACAAGUUCAUUUUGACCAAAAACUUUGAGGCUCUGAAUUCGAAAGGCGGUGGGAACCAGGUAUCGUUACUGAACAUCAUGAUGGAUCUGAAGAAAUGCUGCAACCAUCCCUACUUGUUUCCAGUGGCUGCUGUGGAAGCCCCAGUCUUGCCGAACGGAUCGUAUGAUGGAAACUCACUGGUGAAAUCCUCUGGAAAGCUGAUCCUCCUGCAAAAGAUGUUGAGGAAGCUGCACAGCCAGGGCCACCGGGUCCUGAUCUUCUCCCAGAUGACAAAAAUGCUGGAUCUGUUGGAGGAUUUCCUGGAGUACGAUGGGUAUAAAUACGAGCGGAUAGAUGGGAGCAUCACUGGCAAUCAGCGGCAGGAGGCUAUCGACCGGUUCAAUGCCCCUGGAGCCCAGCAGUUCUGUUUCCUUCUGUCUACUCGAGCCGGCGGUCUGGGAAUUAACUUGGCCACAGCGGACACCGUUGUAAUUUACGAUUCAGACUGGAACCCCCACAACGACAUUCAGGCGUUCAGCAGGGCUCAUCGCAUUGGCCAGAACAAAAAGGUGAUGAUCUAUCGUUUCGUGACCCGGGCUUCGGUGGAAGAACGCAUCACGCAGGUGGCCAAGAAGAAGAUGAUGCUGACUCACCUGGUGGUGCGGCCAGGAUUGGGGUCCAAGUCUGGCUCGAUGUCCAAGCAGGAGCUGGAUGACAUCCUCAAGUUCGGCACAGAGGAGCUCUUCAAGGAUGAUGAAGCUGAGAAGGAAGCUGAGGAGAUGCGGAUGAUCCACUACGACGACAGUGCCAUCUCCAAGCUACUCGAUCGCAAUCAGAACGCAACGGACGAUGCCGACAUUCAGAAUAUGAACGAGUACCUCAGUUCCUUCAAAGUAGCCCAGUACGUGGUGCGGGAAGAAGACGAACAGGAGGAGGUUGAAAGGGAGAUCAUCAAACAGGAAGAGAAUGUGGACCCUGAUUAUUGGGAGAAACUUCUUAGGCAUCACUAUGAGCAGCAACAGGAGGAUCUCGCCAGGAAUCUGGGCAAAGGCAAGCGCAUUCGCAAGCAAGUCAACUACAACGAUGCCUCCCAGGAGGACCAAGAGUGGCAGGAUGACCUAUCAGACAACCAGUCCGAGUACUCCGUGGGCUCAGAGGAUGAGGAUGAAGACUUUGAAGAGAAGCUGGAAGCUGGGAGACGACAAUCACGGAGGCAACUUAAGAAUGAAAGGGACAAACCUCUCCCGCCCUUACUAGCUCGAGUUGGCGGGAAUAUUGAGGUUCUUGGAUUCAACGCUCGCCAGCGGAAAGCCUUUGUCAAUGCCAUCAUGCGCUGGGGAAUGCCACCACAGGAUGCUUUCAACUCACACUGGCUGGUGCGAGAUCUCCGGGGGAAGAGUGAGAAGGAGUUCCGAGCCUACGUCUCACUGUUUAUGAGACACUUGUGUGAACCGGGUGCAGACGGAUCCGAGACCUUUGCAGAUGGUGUGCCCCGUGAGGGGUUGUCCCGGCAACAUGUGCUCACUAGGAUAGGUGUGAUGUCGCUGGUCAGGAAGAAGGUGCAGGAGUUUGAAUACAUCAACGGGAGGUACAGCACGCCUGAGAUGGUGCCCGAGAACAUGGAGAGCAAGAAGCCCAUUGACUGCCCGUCGUCUGAUGCCAGCACCCCUGUUGCUGCCAGCCCUGCCUGCCCGCUGCCUGGGGUACCAGCUCACAGCUCCACCGAGAAGAAUGGCUGCUGUGCGGAAGUGAUGGAUGACAACGAGAGGGAAAAGGAGGAGUGUGAGAUUCCCAGCGGGGUGAAGGCAGCUACUGGCAGUGAGAAGCCUCAGGAAUUGGACUGCAAGAAGCAAGGGGGCGAGGGCGGAGCCGAGGAGAAAGGGGGGCACGAACCGCUGGAGCAGACUGCACCCCCUCGCCCCAAAGCUGAAGAGGCCAACGAGGACAAAGACGUUGCAGAAAGCCUGCAGAAUGGUGAGAUAGUGAAAGAGAUGAAGGAGGAAGAGAGCAGAAAGGAGCAGGCUGGCAAAGGAAAAUUUAUGUUCAAUAUCGCGGAUGGAGGUUUCACAGAGUUGCACACACUUUGGCAGAAUGAAGAACGAGCUGCUGUUUCUUCCGGAAAGAUCUACGACAUCUGGCACAGGAGACACGACUACUGGCUGCUAGCUGGCAUUGUUGCUCACGGCUAUGCUCGAUGGCAAGACAUCCAAAAUGAUCCCAGAUACACCAUCAUCAACGAACCUUUCAAGGCGGAGAUGAACAAGGGGAAUUUCCUGGAAAUGAAGAACAAGUUCCUGGCCAGGAGGUUCAAGCUCCUGGAGCAGGCUCUGGUGAUCGAAGAGCAGCUACGGAGAGCCGCUUACCUCAACAUGACCCAGGACCCCAACCAUCCUGCCAUGGCUCUCAACGCCCGCUUCGCCGAGGUUGAAUGUUUAGCCGAGAGCCACCAGCAUCUCUCCAAGGAGUCUCUGGCCGGUAACAAGCCCGCCAAUGCAGUUCUGCACAAAGUCCUGAACCAGUUGGAGGAGCUCCUGAGCGACAUGAAAGCCGAUGUGACGAGGCUACCCAACAUGUUGUCACGGGUCCCGCCCGUCGCGGCCCGGCUCCAGAUGUCGGAGCGAAGUAUCCUGAGUCGACUUGCCAACCGGGGCACCGAGCCCCAGCAGCAGCCCUUCCCGCAGGGUCAGUAUGGAGCGGCGCAGAUGUAUAGUAACAGCUUUGGGCCCACCUUCCGAGGGCCAGGGGCCGGAGCCCUCAUCAACUACAACCAGAUGCCACUGGGCCCCUACAUCAGCGCGACCACAAACAUUUCUGCUGUGAGCGUCCCGGAUAAAAAGCACUUGUCGGAAGGACUGAAGGAAAUGGAAGCAGGGGAAAGGAAAGAGAAAGUCAGUGAUGUGAUCUGCAUUGAAGAUUGACGGCAAGUCACCAGGAGCAGCUCCCAGCUAACAGCCAACCCAGCCAGUCACCACACUCCUGACCUUCUGUAAAUGCUCUUGGGAAACAUCAACUGUUUUCAU